AUCCGAGAGUCUAAAGUGUAAAGCACUAAAGCAGUGCAAAAGAAGAAGGGGUCAAAAUGGAAAUGAAGAUCUGAAAUUCUGAAUUCUGACUAGUGAGCCUGCCCCCUCUCCGUCCCCGUUGUCUGUCCCCCUGCAGCCUGAAAUGACGACGGUAUUGUACCACAUGGUGUCGUCGUCAGCCCUAGUAUCACUGGGACUAUACAACCUAAUCUCCACCACACGCAACUACCUGAAAUUCCCACACACCUACGCAGCAAAACUGUUCCACCCAUUCCCAUUCCCAUCCACCACGCUCCGCCACGUGCCCAUCUACCUCACCCUCCUCUCCCUCUUCCUCUCCAUCAUCCACCAACUCAUCCUCUCCUUCUACCCUGACCCCCUUCUCAAAGGCCACACCCCCGUCCACCGCCUCACCUCCCUCCACUCCGCCACCCUCCUCUUCCUCUUCCUCCUCCUCUCCCUCCUCAUCCUCUUCUCCGACUCCCUCUCCUUCGACAACUCUCUCCUCUUCGCCCUCUCCUCCGCCCUCUUCGCCCUCCACUCCUCCGCCUCCUCCACCGCCUCCGCGCUCCAAACCUCCGCCUUAGAGGCCCACUGUCUCCUCGUCUCCGCGCGCCUCUCCGCCAUCAUUUCGUUCCUCUGCCUCAUCCUCGCCGCCAUGCCCAAGCUCUUCUCCGCGGACGCCGCGCUCUCCGCCUCCCUCAUUCUCCGAGGGCUCUGGACGUUCCAGACGGGGCUUUCGCUCCACGUCGAUGCCUUCAUCCCCGAAGGCUGCCACCGGCUUCUUGAUGUCGUUAAUGGCGUCGAGGGAUCCACGCAGUGUGAUCUUGAUGAGUCGAAGCUCAGGGCUGUGGCGAUUCUCGACCUCGCGUUUCUUCUUCAGGUGGUGGUCGUUGUGGUUGUUGUGUUUGCGACCUAUGCGAUCGUUGCGAAGAGCGUCGGCGCCAGGAGGCUUGGAUCGUAUGAGGCAUUGCCCAUGAAUUCCAACUCUGGAGAUGCCAACCACCAAAGUGUUGUUCAGAUGAAAGCCAUGGCUGGCACACAGGCUUGAAAUGAAUCUUACUUCGAUUGUUGUAGUGCUAUUUUGGUUCUUGGUACUUUUAUAAAUGAUAUGAGUUAGUUAUGGAAUCUGAUCUGAUCUUGUGAAUACAGAAAAUGGAUUACUUAAUGAGAUUUCUUAAUGGUUGAUGGAAUCAGAUAUAUUUUGUUGGAUCAAGCUACUGAGCUAGUGGUAAAGCGAUAAAGUGAGUGAUUAGUCCAUAGAGGGUUCACAUAGGAUGGAAGUUACAAAUUCAAUGGUCAAUUGAUCCUUUACCAAUAUGCUCGUUUUAGAGGAUCUAAAUUUUAUUUUGCUAAUUUGCAUAUUCUUGAAGUGCUUUUAGUGAGAGAUAGGUUCUUUUUCUCUUUUAUUGUUGGUGGAACCAUUCAUUUGAUGCUUCUUUUUUCAUUAGUUUGCAUAUACUGUUGGACCUUUUAACUUUGCUGUCAAAGAAAGAUGCUCUAUAUUUGGUAUUUAACAUUUUGAAUUUAAUGAGUUGCUCCUCAGUCCUCAUAUGGUACUAGAAUUUCAGACGAAGAGUGUGUAUUUUACAUAGUAAUUCCUGUGUUAAAUCUUGUUGGUAAAUUGUUGAUAUUGAAGUGUUCUGUUUUCCUGAAAUUUUUUGCCUUAAAUGAUGUAUGACUAUGCCCCAUGAGGCCAUGAUUUUCAACUGAUCCAAUAUUUUCAUGGUUGAUAUUUGGUCUACCUGGUAGUUUACCCUAGCUCUUUGUUUACAAAUUAAAGUAUUUAGGUAGUACUGUACGGAAUCAGCAUUCAGGUAUCCUAUGAUGGACAUCAACAUCAUAAGUACAUAGCUAGUGGA